ACGUUCAUGAACAUAUAUAUUUAAAUUUCUAAAUUCACAAACUUAGUUGAGAAAAUGUGCAUCUCCCACCAAAUCUCUCUGUUCUGCUCUCUCAUACAAGCUAGAAGAUUCGACGACGGAACUUUACGCAUUCUGGAGUCGAUUUUAACCACCAGAGACGUCAAAUCAUUGCUAGAUCUGCAACACAGCCUGAAAAACUUCAUGAGACGUGAAUCUGUAACCGUUCUUCGUGAAAUUAACGAACUACAUGUUGAUCACAAGCUUCUGAUCCUUGAAUUCUUCGUUUGCGCAUUUGCAAUUACCGGAGAUCUAGAGAGCUGUUUGGCGUUGAGAUAUGAGGCGUUGGUUUUGCGAGAGGUGAAUUGUGGUGUAGAUCAGCGGUUACAUGUUUCGUAUAGCGAAUGGUUUGCGUUUGCUGAGCAUGCUGUUGAGAAUAGGUUUUAUGCCAUUGCCAGAAAGGCAUGUGAGAAAGCACUUGCAUGCUUUCAAACAAACGAUAAACUUAAAACAAAAGAUGCAGAUACAUUAUCUGAACACAUGGAAGCGAUUAGAAAAGUCAAGAGACUGAAGGACCUUGCUACGGUCAGAGGUUCUUCACAAUCCGUUCAGGCACAAACAGUCGAAUACUUGAAAACAAAAAUAAUCCAACACGACAAAGCUUCCACACGUGUUAUAAAAGAAAAACAACCUUCAGCCAGCUUUCUGUUCAGGAAUGGAAUUAAGAAGCAUAACGCGCGUAAGCUGCAAGAAUUGCAAAGGCUAUAGCAGAAGAUAUAUCGUCAGACCACACGCGACUAAGGCCUAGGUGCUUACUUCCUUACAUGAACUUUUCUAAUGAUUUUAAUCUCUCUAUAAACUAACUUGAUUGUAACAAAAAACCACAAUAAGUAACAUGCUUUAUUUCAUAAUUCAUAGGGUAAUAAAUGAUAAUGCAUUUCAUUGCAUCCAAA